AUGGCCUUCUUGUUUAAAUCGAAGAAAAACCAGCAAGGUGCUGGUGUACCCCCCGGGGCGAGAAACAUCAACGCUUCCGAUGCUCCCGCGGCGAAUCCCCCCGCCGCCGUCCCCAAUGCGCCCAAGGAACGGGAGGCCGGAGCCACCCAGACACCCACCCCCAGCAGCAGCUACAAUAAUUCCCUGAACUCGAUCAAUAGCGCAGGCAGUCCCGAGUAUCAGCGGUCGCGGCAACGGGCGGAAUCGGAGUCGCAGUCCCAACGACAGCCUCAAACGGGAAGCGCCAGUAACUCGCCCAACACCAGUCCCGGAACCUCGCUCUAUCCAUGGUCGCAGCGCCGUUUGAACUUCUCCUCCCCCCAGGCCAACCCCUUCCCUCGCUAUGGCGCCGCCAUCAAUGCCGUCUCGUCGAAAGAAGGGGAUAUCUAUAUGAUGGGUGGCUUGAUCGAUGGCUCGACCGUCAAGGGUGACCUCUGGAUGAUGGAGAGUAGCGGCGGGAAUCUGUCGUGUUUCCCAAUCGCCACGGUCGCGGAUGGUCCCGGUCCGCGCGUGGGCCAUGCGAGUCUGCUGGUCGGAAAUGCCUUUAUUGUAUUUGGCGGUGAUACCAAGGUGGAUGAGAACGAUGCGCUGGAUGACACCCUCUACCUCCUUAAUACUUCCUCCCGGCAAUGGUCCCGUUCCAUCCCUCCCAGUCCCCGCCCCUCAGGCCGCUAUGGCCACACGUUGAACAUCCUAGGUUCCAAAAUCUACGUCUUUGGUGGACAAGUGGAGGGCUUCUUCUUCAACGACUUGGUCGCCUUUGACCUCAACCAACUACAGAAUCCGACAAAUACAUGGGAGUUCCUGAUCCGGAACAGCCACGAGGGCGGACCCCCGCCUGGCCAGAUCCCGCCCGCCCGGACGAACCAUACGAUUGUCGGUUUCAACGAUAAAUUAUACCUCUUCGGAGGAACGAAUGGCGUCCAGUGGUUCAACGACGUCUGGUGCUACGACCCCCGUGCGAAUCAAUGGACCCAAUUAGAUUGCGUUGGUUUCAUCCCGACCCCCCGGGAGGGCCAUGCGGCGGCCCUCGUGAACGACGUGAUGUAUAUAUUCGGCGGUCGGACCGAUGAGGGCCUGGAUUUGGGGGAUCUGGCCGCGUUUCGCAUUUCCACGCGACGGUGGUACUCGUUCCAGAACAUGGGCCCCGCCCCGUCACCGAGGUCCGGACACAGCAUGACCGCUUUUGGGAAGCACAUCAUCGUGGUCGCGGGUGAACCGAGCUCGGCCCCGAGGGAUCCCGUCGAACUCAGCAUGGCGUACAUCCUCGAUACGUCCAAGAUCCGCUACCCGGCAGAGGCCCCAGCGGGCGAGCGGGGAGCGGCCGUGGGUCCCCGGAAGGCCAGCAGUGACCGGCCUGGUCCGCAGACCGGUCGGACAUCCCGCGAAGCGCAACACGCAGAUGCCUACCGUCGCGGACCGGGAGCGCCACGGGAGAGCAUGAUGAGCCCGACCAACAGGCCAGCCGAGUACGGCCCCGGCGCGGGCCCCGGGUCGCGUCUUCCGAGAGCGUCCAUCGCCCAGGCCCCGCAAGGGCCCCGCCCCCCGACGCCCCCCAAGCUGGAUCGGGGAUAUGGUGGCCCCCCGGUUGACACCGUCCGAGCCGUGGCGGCCGACAGAGGUCACGAGUCCCCGGGAGCCAGGGACUCGCCCAGAGACGCGCGGGCCAUGUCCGAAACCGGCUCUGCGCCCGGCGGGAACCGCACACCGACUCAGCAACAAUCCCGGAUGUCUGCCAAGGCCAUGGAGACCGGCGAGGCCGCUCCGCUCAUCAGCCAGCCCGCCCGACAGCGCUCGCUGCGACAGCGACAGCGCAGCUCCAUGGACAGCGCCGACGAGUCCAUCCUGGGGCGACAUGCGAGCAUCGACGGUUCCGUCGACUCCCGCAACUACCGGAAUUCGAAAACGCUGGGAGAGGAACCCCGAUCACCCCGGCUGACCGCGCACCAGGAAGCGCUGAUCAAGGAGCUCGAGGCCCUCAAGGGCCGCAACGCUUGGUACGCAUCGGAACUCGCGUUGGCGAAGAAAGCCGGUUACUCCCCGAAUCCGUCCAGCAGUCCGGCGUUGGAUGAGCGCUCCGCCGAGAUCUUUGCGGAUGACGACCGCCCGCUGAUCGAGGCUUUCCUGGCCAUGAGGGCGGAACUGGCCAAGAUGCAGGCCACGGUCGAUCGUCAGGCCGCGAUCGCAUCGAAGCGGGUCGCCGAGGUGGAGCAUCAGCGGGAUGUGGCCGUCAAUGAAGCGGCUUACUCACGCGCGAAACUCGCCGCCCACGGCGGCAGCCAGCGCGGCACCCCCCAACCCGAUCGGAACCUUCACGACGGCGACGAAUCCGUCACGGAGCGGGCGACCGACGUCAGCCGGCGGCUUGCGCUCGCGCUCGCGGCCCAGAAUGAGGCCAAGGCCCGGAUGGAGGUGGUCACGACCGAACUCGAUCAGGAGAAGCGUGGCCGGGAAUUGGCCGAAGAGACGUGCGAGGCCACACGGAAGCGGCUGGCCGAACUGGAGAUGAACAAUAACAGCCUGGAAGCCGAGAGCCUCCGCGCCGAGCUUCACCAGGUGGAGGCGUCCUUGCGGGAGGAGUCCAUGCUCCGGUCCGAGGCCGAGUCUGCCCUGAAACAGCUCUCGCUGGAUAAGGAGGAAUUUGAGAAGAAAGCCGAGGACGCGUCGUCCCGCCUGAAGGACCUGGGGCUCAGCCUCACCAGCCUCCGGGAGGCCGUCACCGCCUCGUCCGAGAAGUCGACCCUCCUUGAACGACAGCUGGACGAAGAGCGCGAGCGGCGGGAAGGGCUGGAGCGGAAGCUCCUGCAGCUGCGAUCCGAGCACGAGGAACGAACCUCCGAGCUGGAAAAUGCCAGCCGUCGGUUGCGCGAUGCGGAAGAACUCGCCGAGACCAACGCGAGAGAGGCCGAAACCCACAAGAAUGCCUUCCUCUCCGGCCUGGAUCGUGCGUCCUCGUUCGACUCCGAAUCCUCGGCCCGAUCCUUCGCCGAUCAGCGGGUCGCCGUCCUGGAGGCGCAGGUGGAGCGCGCGAACCAGUUGGCGAAGAGUGGCCAGGCUGCGGCCGACGACGCCGCGGAGAAACUACGACGUGCGGAAGAGCGUAUCGCCGGGCUGGAGGCGUACCAGGAGCAGGCCAGCCGCGAAGGGCUGCAACUUCGCCGGCAGCUGCAGGCGGCCAUGAAGGACAGCCAGGCGCACGCCGCGGAAAACCGGGAGAUCAAAUCCCAGCUGGAGAACCACCAACGCGAGGCCGGUGCGUUGGCCAUCCAGCACACCGUCCUCAAGGACCUCCUGGGGGAGCGUGGCGUCAACUACUCGGACAGCCGGCGCUCGCCCCGGCUGGAGUCGCCUGGUUCUCGGUUCGGCACCCCCGAGCAAGGUCGCCUGCGCGAGCUGGAGCAGCAGCUGUCGUCGAGCCUGAAGGCGCACGACGACCUGAAAUCGUCCGUUGAGACCCGCGAGCAGGAGGCCGAGCGGGCCUACCGCGAGAAGCUCGAGCAGCUGGAGAACGACUACCAAUCCGCCGUCCACUACGUCAAGGGGACCGAGAAGAUGCUGAAGCGCAUGAAGGACGAGCUCUCGCGCUACAAGUCCCAGAAUGCCAAGAUCCAGUCCGAGCUGGAGGCGGCCCGGCAGGCCCCAGCUGGCGCGUCGUCCGACGAGUCUUCUGAAUGGGAGGCCGAGCGCACCAGGCUCCAGGAGUCCAUGGCCGAGCUGCAACAGCGGACGGCCUCCACCAUCGACGGUCUCGAGCAACAGGUGGCCGACCUCAAGAAGGACCUGUCGGCGGCCGACACCAACAAGCAGCAAUACGAGAGCGCGCGUCAGGAGCUCGUCGCCGCGGCCGAGAAAGCGCGCGGGGAGCUGGAGCAGCUGCAGCAGGAGAACUCGCUGCUCGAGACGCGCGCGUCCGACGCCGAACACAAGGUCACGAUGCUGCUGGACCAGGUAGAGGCCUCGGUCGGGCACUACCGCCGCCAGUCGCACCCCGGACCGGGCACCAAUGGGAUCUCUCGCAGUCACAGCAACGCCUCGAGCAACACGAUCAGCGGCAAUGGCGGCCGAUCCCGCGCGGACAGCGCCACGUCGCAUGAUCCGACCUUCCUCGACAACCGGGGGUCGAUGGCGUUGGACUCGCUGGCCAACGAGCUGGAGACGCUGCGCACCCACUGGGAGAGCACCAAUCACAACUACCGACUGAGCACGCAGUCGGAUUUCGACCGCACGCCGACCAAGGAGACCGGGAUGAGCGACAGCCUGGCGGAAUGGCGCCGACGAUUGGACGAGGGUGAAACGCGGGCGAGCUCGCCGGGGAAGAGCCAGCCACGGAACGCGGAGGGCCAAACGGCGACGAACAUGAUAUAA